UCCUGAAGCAACCGGAGCUCAGCGGGUGCAUUAGUGCCCGGGGGGCCCGGGCCCAGCAGCGGGAAGCGCCCUGACUCCAGGCUCUCCCCCUGGGCUGUAAGAGUCCUGAGCCCCUGGACCUCCCUCUCGGAGCGGCCUUUGUCAUCUGCAUUGCCGACGCCCUCUGAGCCGCGGAGCGGACUGAGAACCCCCCUACACCCCAAAGUCUCGGCUUUUCAGGGCGUCAGGGACGCGGCCCGAACGUCACUCCCACGUACCUUCGUACCCUAGGCUUGGACUCCAAUGUAAGCUUUCUGAUCAGCCCCGGCCCCUGCCAUUGGCUUUAGCCUCUGGUCACCUGACUUACUCAAGCCAAUGAGAGGUGACAGAAUUAAUACUUCCGCUUUCAGUGCAUCCAGUGAACCACGGUGUCCGCCUUUCGGAUGCUAUGAUUGGCCAGCUUCUCUCAGCUCGCCAGUUUAUUGGCCAGGGCCGCGAAGCCAGUCCUCGGGGUUCGAGGGCUUCUGUGUCAGAUAUGGCGUCUUAUUUCGACGAACACGACUGUGAGCCGUCGGACCCCGAGCCGGAGGGAGGAAUCAGCUUCCUGAUGGCGAUGGCGAGGUCACUUUUCAACAGAAUGGACUUGGGGUUGGUAGUAGAUUGGGAUCACCACCUGCCUCCACCUGCAGCCAAGACUGUGGUUGAAAACCUCCCCAGGACAGUCAUCAGGGGCUCUCAGUCUGAGCUCAAGUGCCCUGUAUGCCUUUUGGAAUUCGAGGAGGAGGAGACUGCCAUUGAGAUGCCUUGCCGUCAUUUCUUCCAUUCCAACUGCAUUCUGCCCUGGCUAAGCAAGACAAAUUCCUGCCCCCUCUGCCGCCAUGAACUGCCCACUGAUGAUGAUACUUACGAGGAGCACAGACGAGAUAAGGCUCGAAAGCAGCAGGAGAAGUACCGACUGGAGAGCCUACAUGGAGCCAUGUUUACAUGAGGCAGCUGGGCUGAGCACUGGUUCUCCACAACGUCUUCCUCUUGCACCUCAAAUCCUCAUUAAAGGUUUCUUUACCCACCCUA